AUGGGAUUUUCAAAAGCGCUGCGCAAAGUUUUCCGAUCCAAGAAGAAAAAAGACCUCGAAUCUCAAGACGACGCGUACCAAACCAAUCAAGGGGGAAGAUUUCCAGCCUCGCAAAAUGGCGGUUUUGACCAAAUUUGGUCCUUUGGCCAAAAUGGUUUCGGAGAAAAUGCCGGAUUUGAGCGAGGGAAGAGUGUAAGACGGGGAAUUUACGAGCCAUACAGGCAACACUUUCCGGUGAAAUCGUCGCAGUAUGAUAGUAUACAGCCCUACGAGCCCGCGCAACCAAAUCAAAAGCAAAAUGGCCAAUACGGCCCAAAACUCGUGACUGCCGAUGGAACCUACAACCAAAACGGGGAUUUCACCCCUUCCGCGAACUACUCAGAGCACCGCGUGCCGAAUCUCACGAGAUCAGGCAGCAACGCCUCACUCUGCCACUUCCAAAAUCAACACUCUCAAAAUCAUCAAAAUCAAGCGCCAGCCAAUUAUCAAAUGUUCCAGCCCAGAUCGGUUCACGGCCAAUUUGGCGGCUCUCAGAUGAACUUGUCUUCUACCCCGGCGGUGCCGAACUUUAGGCGCCCAGUACGUAGCAAUUCAACGCUGUCGAAUUACGAAGUUGCGGCAUUCCAAAGUCAGCAGCAGAACCAAGCCACUCGCGGCGCCACGAUUCAACGACAAGGAUCGCUCAGCUCAAUUCCAACCUUUACCUCCAAUCCUUUCAAUCAAUUCCAAAAGCAAAAUCAACAUCGCCCCUCCAGCGUUAUUGGAGGGCAAUUCUCUCAACAACAACCAAUCGCUCAACAACAUAGUAAUUAUGACCAAAUGAAUGUUGCUCGUCCGCAGCGGCCAAGCUCGGCCCAAGGAUUCUAUUCAAACUAUGACAUGUCCGUGCAUAGUUUCGAAUCAGCUCCGCCCGUGAUGUCACCAGUCUCCUCCAAUUAUCCCUCAACGAGGUCUUCUAGUUUUAUAAAUAACAGGGUUAUGAGCCCUGUUGGAUCAGUUGCGACGAUGAGCAAUGCUGGAGAUGCUCCCGCCCAAUUUGAACAACAAGUGUUCACUUUGUCUCAGCUGCGAAGCUCUCAGGCCAAUCUCCAGCAAGCACUUCGUGCCCAAGAAGACAUCUUACGUCAGAACGGCCCUCAAAACACACCAGAGCUGGACACGACAAUGAAGAUUAUGCAAACUUGUCUCGACAUGUUGGACUCGAUUUCAGGGUUGGUCGAGAGGUCAACUACUCCAGUUCCGCAGCAGCAGCCUAUGACUGUUUUCGAGCCCGAAAAACCCUUCAUCAAUCAUCAGAUGAAGCCAAAAAAGUCCGCACUAAAGCAGCGAAAGUCGAAUUCUUCGGCCUUCGAAAAAGUGGCUCCGAAAGCAAGCAGGAGCGCCGAAAUAGUUUCUGAUUCCUCGGAUGGGUAUUUUGAGGAAAGCUCCUCGCCAUCUGCGGAAUCGGGGCUAGAAACGCCAGAUCUUUCGUGUCAGACCAGCCCUGGACCUUCAGAGCUGUCUGAAGACUCAGGAUUCGAGCGAGCCGCCUCGGCCUCCCCAGCAAAAAAGCUCGACGAAUUUAAGCCAAUGCUGAGCUCUCUUUCUCAGCUCAAAAUCUCUCAAAUGUAA